GAUGAAUCCAUUUUAGAUUUAGAACCAAUCAGUGAAGCUGAACAAUCUUCGUUCUGUGUGGAAAUGAUGAAGCGACUCAACAUGCAAAGACGACAAAACUAUUUGUGCAACAUAACCUUAGUAGCAAAGGAAGGGAACGAAUUCAAGGCCCAUAGAAACAUUCUUUCAGCGGCGAGCCCGUUUUUUUCUAAGCUUUUUCAAAGCGAUAUGAGAGAGAACGAGGAAGGAGUCAUUCGAUUCGAGGAGAUUUCGGAAUCGAUCCUCGCAGAUAUUUUGAAGUUCACCUACACAGGAAGUAUUAAGGUAAAUGGAGAAAACGCCAUGAAUCUGAUAAUGGCAGCCGAUUAUUUACUGCUUGAGUCUUUGAAAGUCAUCGCCGGGCGAUUUCUAGAGAAGAAAAUGUCCACCGAUAAUUGCAUUUCAACUUUUCACUUUGCCGAGAAAUAUCGGUGUGAAGAACUUGUUCUUUGCAGUACAAAGUUCAUUCAAGACAACUUCACUUCCGUAGCCGAGUCAGACGAAUUUUUAAACUUGGAAGCCGACGAAGUUGAGAAGUGGAUUUCAAGUGAAAAUAUUUUGGUUGCAGCUGAAGAAGAUGUGUUCAGAGUAAUAGUUAACUGGGUCGAACAAAACAAACGCGAGCGAAAAGACAAGUUUGAGCAGCUUUUUCGUCAUGUUCGGCUGGUAUUGCUUUCGCGUGACUUUCUGUUCUCUGAUAUCGUGACAAAUGAACUGGUAACAGAACAUUUUUCUAUUUUGAUUGCAGCUGAAGAAGAUGUGUUCAGAGUAAUAGUUAACUGGGUCGAACAAAACAAACGCGAGCGAAAAGACAAGUUUGAGCAGCUUUUUCGUCAUGUUCGACUGGUAUUGCUUUCGCGUGACUUUCUGUUCUCUGAUAUCGUGACAAAUGAACUGGUAACAGAACAUUUUUCUAUUUUGAGACGUGUGACGGACGCUAUUAAGUUAGUUCGUGCUGCAAGUGAGGAUACUCAAAUUCAACCAGCAAGAAGAAGGCUUAAAACACACGCUAUUGUAGUACGUGGGGGAAAGAAAACUUACUGUUACCUUCCCGAGAAAGAUGAAUGGAAGCGAUUAGCAGACGGAUUAUCAGAAAACCGAAACCACACUACACAGAUGAUAAACUUCCGUGAUCAGUUGUUCAGCUUUCCUGGGAGUAGAUAUGCUGACACAGAAAGGUAUGAUCCUUUUUUCAACAGUUGGACGGCAUUAAGCUUAUCCCGUCCUUUUGAGAAAUCCUCGUUGGCUGUUCUUAAUGGGAAAAUCCAUGCUAUAUACCGCCUUAGACGAUCCAAUCCUGUGAUUGUGAGGUAUGAUGUAGAGUUGUGCAUCUGGCAGACUAUCUCAUCUUCUCAGGACUUCCACUACAGGUACGAAUCAUGUGUUGUUGCCUUUGGCAACUGUUUGUAUGUUCUUGGCGGCGGAUGUAGUAAUAAAGCCGGCAGAUUUGACACUGCGGAAAAAAAAUGGGAGGAAAUAACAUCUAUGCAAUCUAGGAUGAACAGUCCCUUUGGUGUGGCGAUUCAGGGGAAGAUUUUUGUUUGUGAUACGGUCUAUAAAUAUGAGGUGUACGAGGCUUCCACCAAUGAAUGGCAAACCAUAAGAAUUGCAGGUUUGAACGUUUCCCGAUUUUGUUUGCGUAGUUUGGUGAGUCUUAACCAAACACUUCAUGCAGUGUGUACAGUCAGGGAAAAUUAUUCACGACAGCCAGACGAGAUGAUUGUAUUGAGCUAUGAUCCCAACCUAAACAGGUGGAUCCAGAAGACCUCCAUACCUAUCAAAAAGAGCUCUGAGGAAGAAACUUAUUCAUUUCAAUGCGCUACAUUGAAACUUUCUAAAGGAAUGCUCUACCGAUCAAAAAUAAUUAAAAUUGAUACAUGA